UAUAUGAUUUGCUCAUCUGAUCAGUCUUGUUGCUCAUCUGAUCAGUCUUGAAAAGCACGAGUCCCAGUGGAAGGCAACAAAAAUUAAUAUACACAAGUGGGGCAAAGCAAUGUACAUAUCCCACAUUUCUUUCUAUGUUCCAUCCUCAAUUUUGGGUCAUCAACCACUAUAUACAUACAUGAUGACGAUCACUCAACUCCCGCAUUGAAAGUGUUUCUCUGUCUUCUUUGCAAAAGAAAGAAGAAAAAAUGGUGACAACUUCUCCUCCUCCUCCAAAGGACGUUGUUUCAGACGACAAAUGGAAGGAGGAUCAGGACACCACUCGCCGAGCCAAAUGGUGGUACUCCACCUUUCACACCGUCACUGCCAUGAUAGGUGCCGGUGUUCUCAGUCUGCCUUAUGCCAUGGCCUACUUAGGAUGGGGUCCGGGGACAAUGGUGUUGGCAAUAUCAUGGUGCAUGACCUUGAACACAAUGUGGCAGAUGAUACAACUCCACGAAUGUGUCCCGGGGACUAGGUUCGAUCGAUAUAUAGACCUGGGUCGACAUGCCUUUGGACCAAAAUUGGGGCCAUGGAUUGUGCUUCCACAGCAGCUAAUUGUGCAGGUUGGGUGUGACAUAGUGUACAUGGUUACCGGGGGAAAGUGUCUAAAGAAGUUUGUGGAGAUGGCAUGUGCCAACUGCACACCCAUCAAGCAAUCAUACUGGAUUGUCAUCUUUGGCUCUCUCCAUUUCUUUCUUUCUCAGCUUCCUAAUUUCAACUCCGUCGCUGGUAUUUCUCUAGCUGCUGCGGUCAUGUCACUAAGUUAUUCAACUAUAGCCUGGGCUGGUUGCUUAAGCAAAGGUCGGGUUGAAAAUGUAAGCUACGCAUACAAGAAAACGAGCCCAGCAGAUUACAUGUUCAGGGUGUUCAAUGCGUUGGGUCAAAUCUCGUUUGCAUUUGCAGGGCAUGCAGUGGCCCUUGAAAUUCAGGCCACAAUUCCAUCAACUCCCGAGAAGCCUUCGAGGAUACCCAUGUGGAAAGGUGCCCUCGGAGCCUAUUUCAUCAAUGCCAUUUGCUAUUUCCCAGUGGCCCUUAUUGGGUACUGGGCUUUUGGUCAAGAUGUUGAUGACAAUGUGCUCAUGGAUCUUAAGAAACCUUCAUGGCUCAUUGCUGCUGCUAACUUAAUGGUCGUCGUCCAUGUCAUUGGCAGCUACCAGGUUUAUGCUAUGCCUGUUUUUGACAUGCUGGAGAGCUUGAUGGUGAAAAAAGUGAACUUCCCACCAGGAAUUGCACUCAGACUAAUCACAAGAUCAGCUUAUGUUGCAUUUACAUUAUUCGUUGGAGUGACCUUCCCUUUCUUUGGGGACCUACUUGGUUUCUUUGGUGGAUUUGGUUUUGCCCCCACUUCAUAUUUCCUUCCUUCUAUAAUGUGGCUUAUCAUUAAGAAACCAAAGAGAUUCAGCCUCCAAUGGCUCGUCAACUGGGCUUGCAUCUUGAUUGGAAUGUUCAUCAUGUUGGCCUCCACAGUUGGUGGCUUCCGGAAUAUCAUCACUGAUGCAUCUACGUAUCGUUUCUACACAUAAUUAAUUAAUGAGGGGCGAAUGUUUAUUAUGUCAUUAAUUGGACCAGAAGUAUGUAUUAUUAUCAUGUUGAGGAUAGACUUACUCUUGUACGGCCUAAAAUGUUAUGUCAUCUCUCUUCCUUCACCGAUCC